AAGGUACAUGCCCUUGAUGGGAACUGAACCCAGGACCCUUCAGUCUGCAGGCCGACGCUCUAUCCACUGAGCCACACCGGUUUCGGCAUGACCCAAAUCUUUCACGCUGCCUUUUCCACUCUGAACCAAAGAAGGCAACUGGAGAAGAAUGCACCCGUUGCCCGAGGUUCAGUCCAUCAUGUCCAUUAACUAUCCAUAUAUUCCAGGGAUGGAGCAGAUGGGGUGCCUCUUUUCAGGCCCAAAGGCUAAGAAAGGGUCGAUGGACAGCCUUUCCUGUAAUUCUGCAGAGGGCUCUCCACGGAAAGACGGGGCGGCCAAGCAGCUGUCACCUGGAGUCAAAGGUAGGACCCACCCGAAAGGGGACGGAGCCCACGAGGUGUUACGUGGGAACACGGGAGACUGCCAAGCUGUCUGGGGCAGCACUUCUGACUGCUUCCAACCUCGCCUGUUUCUUUGUCCUGUGCUGUGGCCGUCACACAGACGUGGUCUGCUUCGCUGCAGACUUACUCAACACCCGGGUGUUUCCUUCCUCCUAGGGAAAGCUAAGGCGAGCAGGAACAGCACCAACAUCCCAAAGAUCGUGAUCACUUCAGCUUCAAAUGAGAUUCUCGACAGAAGCCCAGAGCAGAGGACCAUUCGCGAGGAGGUAGUAUUCGGCCCCUAUGCCCGACACAGGAAUCCCAGCACAAUAGACGCCUAUGCUUUAAUCUCUGACGAAUAAACCACUCC